AUGGCAAGGCGCAUCUCCCACCUGACACCUUUCCUUUGGCCCACGAAGAACUAUCGUCUCCAAUUCUUGGCUGCGCUCUGUGUACUUGUGCUCAUUCUCGGCCGCGUUGUCUCCCCGCUGGUUCCCCUCUCCCUUGGUCACCUCGUCGAUGCUUUCGGGACCGGCUCCGAGUCUCCAUGGCCGUACCUCUUUGCAUAUGUCGUUUUCCGCUUCCUCCAAUCUAGCGGUGGCCUGCCCGCCCUGCGUGAUGCCCUCUGGGUGCCCGUCAUGCAAUAUUCGGACCGCGAGAUGUCGCAAAUGUCGUUCUCGCACCUGCUCAACCUCUCGCACGGCUUCCACGUCCGCCGCAAUACGGGCGAAGUCCUGCGCAUCCUCGACAGGGGCGCGGCGGUCAACCGCGUGUUCGAGCUGUUGAUGUUCAACGUCACGCCUGCGUUCAUGGAUAUCAUCGUCGCCGUCAUCCUAUUCGCGGUGAAAUUCGACUGGAUGUUGUCGCUUGUUAUCUUUGCUGUCAUGUUUGGAUACAUAACUGCGAGUAUCGUGUUGACUCGCUACCGCACGAAGCUGCGCAGGCAGAUGAACGACCGCGAUGUGAUCACGAGGGGCAUUCAUACUGACUGCUUGUUGAACUACGAGACCGUGAAGUAUUUCAGCGGAGAGGAGCAUGAGACUGCUCGGUACAGGGAUGCCAUUAACGAUUACCAGCAAGUCGAGUACCGCGUCAUGAUUUCCCUUGACCUCCUCAACCUUGUUCAGACUCUCAUUAUGACCCUCGGCCUUCUCGUUGGCUCUUUGAUCGUCGCCCUCCGCAUCACCCGCGGCGAGUCCUCGACCGGCGAUUUCAUCAUCUGGAUCAUCUACUUCGCCCAGCUUUAUGCGCCUCUUUCAAAUCUCGGCUCGGUCUACCGCAUGAUCAACCAGUCGCUCGUCGACACUGAGCGCCUGCUCCGUCUGCUCGACGAACCCUCGGAUGUGCUCGAUCGGCCCGGUGCUCCGGACCUUACUGUUGAGGACGGGGAAGUUGAAUUCGACAAUGUCUCGUUCUCCUACGACGACCGCCAGCCGGCUCUCAACAACGUCUCUUUCAAGGUGCCCAAGGGCGCGUCUGUCGCCCUCGUUGGCGAGUCUGGCGCUGGAAAGUCGACGAUCCUCCGUCUGCUCUACCGGUUCUACGACCUCAAGGAGGGUCAGGGUCGUAUCCUCAUUGAUGGACAGGACCUCAAGGAUAUUACACAGGCUAGCUUGAGACGCUCGAUCGGUGUUGUUCCGCAGGACCCGGUGUUAUUCAACACGAGCAUUGGUUACAACAUUGGCUACGGCAAGUUCGGCGCUUCGGAAGAGGAGAUCCGUGAUGCCGCUCAUGCCGCUCACAUGCAUGAGCGUAUCUCGACGUUCCCCGACGGCUACGAUACCAAGGUUGGCGAGCGCGGUGUCCGCCUCAGCGGUGGUGAGAAGCAGCGCGUGGCUAUCGCUCGCACGCUUCUGAAGAACCCGCCCAUCUUGCUCCUCGACGAGGCAACAAGCGCUCUCGACACGGCCACGGAAAAAGACAUCCAGAAGGCUCUUGCGAACCUCCAGAAGGGACGCUCGUCUCUGUCGAUCGCUCACCGUCUCUCCACCAUUGCCUCCGCCGACAUCAUCCUCGUUCUCAAGGACGGUCAGAUCAUUGAACAGGGCAGUCACAGGGAGCUCCUCAAGGCCAACGGCGUCUUUGCUUCCAUGUGGGCUGAACAGAUAUCCGCUUCUGAGGACCCGGUGUUUGCCGCUUCAUCCAAGGCACCCUCAAUUGAACCUGUCAUGGGAUACGAUGCUGCGCCUUCCACUUCGGAACGGGCAUCCGAGCGCGCUCCCACCGUAAGGACGAGUUCCCACCGCGUUGGCCCUUCGGAAUACUCGGCGGAUCCCAGUCAGCCCAGUCAGCCUAUCACUUCUGAGCCACCGACGCUCCCCUCAAAGGAUAAUGUCGUGUAUGUUCCUGCUGAUGCUCCCGCCGACGCUGCUGCCCCGAUCUCGUUCCCUACGACCGACGAGCCGGAGCCUAUGUCUGCUCCCAUUGCUUUCCCGUCCUCUGAUGAACCUGUCCUUGCUUUCGUCUCGGAGUCACCUGCACCCACUGCUGCACCCAUCGCGUUCCCCGCCUCUGACUCUGCCGCCGAUAUACAGACGCCCCCCGGCGCGUCUACGCCCGGCGUCACCUUCGAGGCCACCAACCCACCAGAACACAGCAGCUCGCCCGAUCCCGAUGCGGAGCCCAAGCGCAAGCGUACUGCGUCGCAGAACUUCCAGCGGAUGGCCCGGCGCAUCUCAAUCUCGAACCCGGUCCGUAAAGGGUCUACGAUGCUCCCCGCUGCUCUGCGCCGCGGAGAGUCGCAACGCAUCUUCGGCAAGGACUCGAAGGACGACGCCGGCGCUCCUGGCCCCAGCGGGGACGCAGACGUCCGGCCGUCGGUGGACAGCCCUGCCGCGAGCGUAACCAGCGACCCCAUCGCAGACAAGAAGUUGAAGAAGAAGUCGAAACGCAAGACGUUCAUGUAA